AUUAUAAUAGUUAUCAAUAGGGGAUCUAAAUUUAAAGGGGAAGUGAAAGCUAUCCUAGAGGAACUAAGGGUAAAACAUAUUAUUAAUUUUCCCUAUAACUCUAAGGCUAAUAGUAUUAGUAAGGCUAGGUAUAUACCUAUUAUAGCCAUCUUAGCAAAGAUAACU